AUGAAUAGUCAUCUCUCCUCUCAAUCUCGAUCAGACACAGAAUUUCCAAGAGUGGACAACAAUGAUGUGCUAGGAAACAAAGGAAGGAAAGUUUUGGAUGCCUGUGUGAAGGUUAAGAUUUACGGAAAAUCAGAAACACGCAGAUAUGAUCGCGAAAGAGCACGGCAACUAUUUCGGGGAUGUUAUGUGCAUCAAAUAGGAGUAGCGAACACAGAAUUUUCUCCAGCCAAAUCCGAAACAUACAGCAUCGUUGAUAUUUACAACGCAAUGGAUAAGUAUGAGAACAUGCCCUACGUUGAAAUUUACCCCAGAGAGGGACCCGGCUCGGGGAAGACGAGAGAGUUGAUUGAUAAACGAAGAGCUGACGUUGAAAGAGAGUUGGAGGAAGCUAGAAUUAACCCAAAUGGAAGAAAAAUGUAUUCCUGGCCUGUUGCACAGCACCGAGUUAGAGAUUGCUAUGCUGGGAACUUUCCAGAGGAUGUAUGCUCUUUUCGAGGUCCUGAACCUUUCACCAUUAAGGACAUUAAAGAUGUUGUUGAUUCCUGUGAUAGAAUAGCCAUUGAAGAAUUUAGUGACCAAAGCAACAGCAUAGAUGAGAAACUCCGUUCACACAGGGCUGAAAUUCAAAAGAAGUACUAUGAUGCUCUCGCUUCUCCUGGCUCUCUCAACGUAUGUAGUCAUAAAGAAGCACUGGAAAGUUUAACGAAAUGUUACUCUGUUGCUGAUGAAGGGGCUAUCAUUCGUAGUUAUAGUAGUUGCUACAAUUGUCAUAGUGUAUUUGAUUUCUGUAUUUUUAACCUUUAUAAUUUACUUUGCUUGAAUGAUAUCAAAUUCCUGCAAGAGCUUAUCAAAUACCCUGCUGAAGGACCUGGUUCUGAGGAGCUGAAGAAUUCAAUUAAAAGACACAGGGCAGAUUUAGAGAAAGAGUAUCAGAACUUUUGUAACCGUGAAAAAUCCAGGCUACCAGUUCAUAAAUAUUCUCAAGCAGAGGCAGAGCGCCGUGUUAGAGAUUGUUUUGCAAGUGCCAUUCAUGGAGAUAGUGAUGUAUUUCCCACAAAGAAAGAUCAGAGUGGAAUGCCAAAGUUCUUCCAAACUUUUGAUAUUUUUGACAUAAAACAAUCUCUGGAUUAUUUUGAUACCAAAAAGUAUCUUGAAAAGUAUCCAGAAAAGGGACACAUAUCUGAUGAAAUAAAGGAAAGUGUUGACAAACAUAGAGCAGAUAUUCUAAGAGAAUAUGAGAUUGCCACUUUCAAGGAUGAAAUUGAGCAUGGUUCUGGAUUUGCCAUCAGUGACCACUUUAUACUCACCAACAAGCAUGUGAUUGAAACCUGUCUAUAUCAAAAAGGCUUUGAAAUUCGCAUUUCCAAUGCAGCCAUUGGUGAGUUACAUUGUGAGGUUGCUCAAAGUGAUCCAGGUAAAGAUUUGGCAUUACUGUAUUGUCCAGAUCUUAAUUUACAAGAAAGUGGAAUUUGUCCAUUGCAGUUGUCAACCCAACCAUUGCUGCCAGGAGUGCAGAUAUUUUCUUUUGGUUAUCCCCUGAGUCACACAGAAGAAACCGCUCUUUUUGUGAAUGGAAAUGUCUCUGGUUCAAAGAGGACACUAUCAGGCCAUUCUACGGUAGUGUUGAACUGCUCACUGAAUUCUGGGAAUUCAGGAGGUCCAGUUCUUUCCUGGGUAUAUGAUGAGGUUAGAGUAGUUGGCAUUGCAACUCAGAAACAUUUUAAAGAGAUUUUAACACUGGAUGAAAUUAAUGCAGUGGAAAAUAUUAGAAAGUCAUUGGAAACCCGAAUUAUUUCUGAUGUGUUUGAUAUAACAGACCCCUUUGGUAUAGGAAACCACAACCCCCUUCAGGAUUCAUUAAAUCUGCUCACAUUAAAACUGUAUGAUGCAUUGGAAACACAUUCUCAAUUCAAUUUAAGCAAUGCAUUACCUGGAGAUUUGGUGGUUGAGUUUAUCAAAAGCUUCAUCCCUGAAUACAAUGGAGUGCAUAAAGAAGAGUUGAUCAAGGUUGUUGAAUUGUCUCAGUGAAUCAAUCAAACAUUUGAUAUUCAAUAUGGAUCCUUUAUGAUUGUAUAUCUAAGUUUUUUUAAGAUUGUUGUCGUGGAACAUAAUUUGUAGUAAAAAAUGAGAAAC